AUGAAUAUCGACGAGCUCAAACAUGAAUUUGAUACUGUGAAAAGACAAUACUCCAUAAACUUUGAUGCAAAGCCAGAACAGUUGGAGGCCGCAAAAUGUAUCAUGGAAAAUCAAAAUGUAAUAGGAUUGCUUCCUACUGGUUAUGAAACGGCACUUAAACCAUCAUGGAAAGACGUUUUUAUGUCUAAGAUAUGGAAGAAAAACAUUAUCGCCCUCGUUGUCGAUGACGUGCAUUGUAUAUCCGAAUGGGCAGAAGAUUUCAGGAAAGAAUUUAGACACUUUCAUGAGCUCCGCUCGGCAAUACGCGCUCCUGUUUUAGCGCUGACGGCUACAUCAACUGAGGCGGUUAAGAAGGAUAUAAAGAAAUAUCUUCAAAUUGAAGAUGCGAUAGUUAUAUACACAUCCCCAGACCGUCCUAACAUCUUCCUUGAUUUCAAGAAAGCCGAGUCAACUGAGUUGGAGGGGAAGCUCUGCUGGUUAUUAUCUCAUUUACGCGAGAAAAACUCUGCUGCCUAA